UCCUAACUCCAGUAUCCAACAUGGAGGGGAGAAGCAGCACAGACCAAGGGGGACCUGGAACAGACAAGGAUAUACUACGGGACGAAUGUUACACUGAUUUUGUGCGUGAUGAUUUUGAUGUCAAAACCUACACUUCCCAAUCCAUUCAUCAAGCUGUGAUAGCAGAACAACUGGCAAAACUUGCUCAAGGCAUCAGUCAGCUGGAUAAGGAGCUUCACUUGCAGGUAGUUGCCCGACAUGAAGAUCUCCUGGCACAAGCAACAGGGAUGGAAUCUUUAGAAGGUGUUCUUCAGAUGAUGCAAGCUAGAAUUGGAGCCCUGCAAAGUGCAAUUGAUAGAAUCAGAGCAAAGAUUGUGGAGCCAUAUAAUAAAAUUGUUUCACGCACUGCACAACUAGCACGUCUACAGUCUGCUUGUGAUUUGCUUCGGAGAAUUAUUCGCAUCUUGUAUCUCAGUAAAAGACUUCAAGGUCAGCUGCAGGGUGGUAGUAGAGAGAUCACUAAAGCUGCUCAGAGUCUGAAUGAGCUAGAUUAUCUUUCUCAAGGCCUAGAUCUUUCAGGAAUAGAAGUGAUAGAGAAUGAUCUGCUCUUCAUUGGUAGAGCUCGCCUUGAAGUGGAGAACCAAGCCAAGCGUUUGCUGGAGCAGGGAGUUGAAACGCAGAAUCCAACACAAGUUGGGACAGCUCUUCAAGUGUUCUACAAUCUGGGCGCUCUAAAAGAGGUCAUCACUAGCGUUGUGGAAGGCUAUUGCACCGCACUAGAUGAAAAUAUCAACAACGCUCUAGAUAUCAAAGUACUAACGCAAACAUCACAAGCUGUGCAGAGAGGAGCCCCAGGGCGUGCAGCUAUGCCUCAGCCAGGAAACACAGCUGCUUUUCGAGCUGCACUUUGGACAAAUAUGGAGAAAUUAAUGGACCAAAUUUAUGCAGCUUGUGUCCAGGUGCAGCAUCUUCAGAAAGUUUUGAUGAAGAAGAGAGACCCUGUGUCCCAUGUUUGCUUUAUUGAUGAAAUUGCAAAGGAUGGUCAGCCAGAUAUUUUGUUCACAUUCUGGAAUUCCGUUACCCAGAUACUUUCAUCUCAUUUUGAGAAGGCAACAAAUGCUUCCACUUUCCUGAAACAGGCUUUUGAAGGAGAAUAUCCUAAACUUCUGAGAUUGCACAAUGAUUUAUGGAAACGACUUCAGCAAUACAGCCAGAAUUUACAAGGUUCAUUUACAAGUAGUGGAAGCUCUGAUCUCAUACCUGAAUUACAACAAAUUGAAGAUGACAUACAAGAUGUUUUCAUAAUAAAGAAACAAGAUCAUGAUCCAGAGAAAACACUGAAGGACUCCUUGCAACUUUAUGAAGCUGCCUACCUGUCUAAAUCCUUGUCUAGACUUUUUGAUCCCAUCAACCUUGUCUUUCCACCAGGGGGUCGAAACCCCCCCUCGGCUGAUGAACUUGACAGUAUUAUUAAAACUGUUGCAAGUGAAAUGAACGUGGCUGCUGUAGACCCAAAUCUUUGCUGUGCCGUCUCCAGAAAUGUAGCGAAGACUAUUCAACUGUAUGGCGUGAAGUCAGAACAACUUCUGUGUACUCAGGGAGAUGCAAGCCAGGUGAUUGGUCCGCUUACAGAAGGACAACGAAGAAAUGUUGCAGUGGUUAAUUCACUUUACAGACUAUAUCAAUGUGUUCAAAAGCACCUGCAGAACAUCAUUAGUAUCUUUAAGGAAGGAAUUUGUCAGUCUCACCAAAGGUUGAAGAAAGGAGUCAACAACCGCCGACAGGUUAUAUCAGGUCAGAGUUCGUUGCCAGCAACCGCAGAAGAGAAUAUAACUGCUGCCAUGAAGAUAAUCUAUAAACUUAUGGGGAGUGCUGUACAACCUUUACUAAGUUCUGUGGGUGACUCUGUCGAAGCCAUUAUCAUAACUAUGUACCAGGAAGACUUCUCUGGAAAUGUAUCAAAUUUGGGAAAGCCAGAUGUACCGUGCUCUUUAUACAUGAAAGAAUUACAAGGUUUUAUUGCAAGAGUCAUGAGUGACUACUUUCGCCAUUUUGAGUGCAUUGAUUUUGUGUAUGACAGUACUGAAGAAAUUGCCCAAAGAGCAAUAGAACUUUUCAUACGCAAUGCAAGUUUGCUGCGACCACUCGGUGAAGGAGGGAAGAUGAGACUGGCAGCUGAUUUUGCACAGAUGGAAUUGGCAGUGGCUCCUCUUUGCAGAAGGGUUGCUGACCUUGGAAAGUCAUACAGGCUUUUGAGAUCAUUCCGACCUCUACUGUUUCAGACCAGUGAGCAUAUCGCCAACAGCACAUCUGUGGGAGAUAUAAUCCCUUUCAGUGUCAUUCUCCAGUUCCUCUUCACAAGGGCCCCGCCAGAACUGAAGUCUCCCUAUCAGAGAGCGGAGUGGUCCAUUGCACGUUAUUCCCAGUGGCUGGAUGAUCACCCAUCUGAGAAAGAUAGACUGGUUCUUAUAAGGGGUGCACUGGAAGCCUACGUCCAGUCUGUGAAAGCUAGAGAAGGCAAGGAAUUUGCUCCAGUUUAUCCAAUAAUGGUUCAACUUCUUCAGAAAGCAACAUCAGCUCUGCAGUAGUCACAAGAAUGAGAACAGAAAUCCUUCCAUCUAACCAAUCCCUGAGGAUGCCGGACGAUAGAGAUUGAGGGUGUUUAUAUUUUGGUUUUCAAUCAGGGCUGCAUAAAUCAUGGGAGUAAGGUAGAGCCUAAUAUUCCAGAGUGAUUUUUGUCUAGUUCUCUGUAUGUUACUCUAUGGGGCAUAUUCAGUUAGCUGCGGGACCUAGCGCAGGGUUCCUGCUCCCACCCUCCUCAGAUGUGAACAGAAAUGUGUGGUAAGUAGUGCUUUUUUGCCUUUACCAUGGCCGCUGCAAGCGUGUUUUGCCCUUGCCACAGUCGCCACACCCAUAACUCAGGCCACCUGACACAGAUCCUAUGGUUAACGCGUGAUAGCCAUGGGUUUUACCGCAGGAGGAAAUGGACUCAAAUUGAGUAGCUCCAGGCAUUAAAACUUGAGGCUGCUGUCCUGUGGUAAGCCCCGCAGCUAAUGGAAUAUGCCCCUAUAAUGGAACCUUUCAGUAAAUCCAGGAUAUUAGCUAUUGGAAUCUGGGUAAAGCCUUAUAUCUUUUAUAGACGCCCAGAUGGUUUAUUAGAUUUUUUUACAGUAGUGAUAAGGGUUCAAGGGAACAGACAUCUUGAUGUGAUUAAGGUGUUUGUGCAGAUAUUCGCAGUAAUUAAAUAAAGAUUUAUUGGUAUUUUGAGCUUACUGACAAAUUAUAACAUGUCUCUUUUACUAUGAACCAAAGCAGGAAUUGCUGGGUACACGGGCACUCUUCAUACCAGGCCAAAACAUCAGACAAUGGCUCAAAACUGAUCAUUUGGCACCGUGCACAUUUGGAGCAUAGAUCUGUCAGUAUGUGUGGUUUGUUACAUGACCAAUUUUUUUAUAGCUUUGUUCUGGUCUAAAUGCCAAAGAGCUCACGAACAUGCAUCUGAAUAGGUCAGUAGGCCGCCACAAUAUGGUCAACAGGCAUUAGGUCAUACAGGGUCAAAAAAUCAACAUAAAAAAGGUUGACACAUGUUUAUGUUUUGUUGUGUCAUUUUGUAUGUUUUAUCUCUUGUGAUCCUAAUUAGUGGUAACGUAGACACUUACGGGCUAGCUUCACUCGCCACUCUUUAGGUGGCUCGCUGCGCCCGGCACAGGUUACUAUUCCCAGUCAUAGUUCAAGUGGGUGGUGUUGACCUAUUGAUUAUGUAGACAUUGUCUAUCCAUAUUCCAGAAUCCCAUCUGAUAGAGGCUACAGUGUGUGUGUGUGUGUGUAUAUAUAUAUAUAUAUAUAUAUAUAUAUAUAUAUAGCGAUUUUGGUGUAGGGCUAGUAAGGUGUCAGGGUUUCUCCGCCAUAUUGCUACAGUCAAUGAAGAGAUUAAAGCUAGGUGGCAUCUUCCACAGAUUGUUUUGCUUAUAGUGCUGGGUAGCAUGUUGCAAACAGUUUUAAUUAAUUAAAAAUAUUGUGUUAAAUUGCUUUUUUCCCUAAUGUUGUGUAGUUUACAUAAAAUUAGGUAAAGUCUAUGCUAAGUUUUGCUCCAAGAUUGUCAGCCUCUGCGAUGCCGUGCAAUGUCUCUACAUCGGUUUCUGUAAGACGCAUCCGGCUUUAUUAUGUGAUGUAAAGCUAAAGUCAAAUGAAUAUAAAAUCACAUUAACUGGUUUCAAAUCACAUGAAGAAGUUCUAAUAAAACAUGAUUGCUUUC